CCCCGUGGGACCGUAUAGCGGGGCCGGCUAGGGACCAGGCGAGCGGGUCUGCUGGGGGAACCAGAAGAGGGUGGCCACGGGAGACGGGCCCGGAAGAGACCAGGAGAUCGGAGCAGAGGGGACCGGGGUGCGGCCCGCGCCGGGAGGGACCAGGGGAUUGGGACCGGAGCGGAGGGGAUCAGGGGAGGAUGAGCCGUGGGCCUGAGCCCAAGGAGACCAUGGGCGCCUCCAGGCUCUAUACCUUGGUACUGAUACUGCAACCUCAGCGAGUUCUGCUAGGCAUGAAGAAACGAGGCUUUGGGGCUGGCCGGUGGAAUGGCUUUGGGGGCAAAGUAGAAGAAGGAGAGACCAUCGAGGAUGGGGCCAAGAGGGAGCUGCAGGAGGAGAGUGGUCUGACCGUGGACACAUUGCACAAGGUGGGCCAGAUUGUGUUUGAAUUCGUGGGUGACCCAGAGUUGAUGGACGUGCACAUCUUUUGUACCGACAGUGUCCAGGGGACACCUGUGGAGAGCGAUGAAAUGCGCCCUCAGUGGUUCCAACUGGACCAAAUCCCCUUCAGUGACAUGUGGCCCGAUGACAGCUACUGGUUCCCACUCCUGCUUCAGAAGAAGAAAUUCCACGGGUACUUCAGGUUCCAGGGUCAGGAUACCAUCCUGGACUACACACUGCGUGAGGUGGACAGAGUCUAGCCGGAAGGCUGGGUGGGCCCCCAGGCUGGAGAACUGGCUGUUAAACAGCUCAAACUGUCGAUUCAUCUGGCUCACUGAGCCACAAAUCAGGGAUUAUUUCUUAUUUAGAAUGUGAUUGGAUGAAAAGAAAAUAAAGUCUUUUACCUUUUG